AUGGCCACUUCUGCCUUAGACCCGCGCAUGACUUUCCAUGCCCAGCAGCAGGAUCCUGGCGCGCCGCAGCCGCGACAGCUGAUCCUACGCUACUUUUACGAGAGCGGUACAGUGGAGCUGAUGGAGGUGCCGAGCGGUCGACUGUAUGUGAAGCGCACCGCCGUCGGCAUACCUGCCUCUGCCUUCACGGUUGGCUCGGCGGUGAUGCUAUUUGGCAAGGCGACAACCAUCACAGCGUUCGCGGACGAGGUGACACGGCAACUGUGCGCCCAAUGCAGCGAGUCGACGACGGUGCUGAUUGCCGAGGAGGCGUUCCCGUUACUGGGGCGCUACCUGGCGAUGCUGACGGAGGAGUGCUGCUUCACCAUCACCGAUGUGGAGAUGGUCUGGGUGCAGGCAGAGACGGUUUCGACUUUUGAUUUGCCAGAGCAGCUGGCGAACACACGCAUCGUCGUGGUGCUGUGCACUCGGAAGAAGGCGGUGGAGAAGGGCUUCGCCUUUGUGGAACGAGCCACCGGCACCUGCACUGCCAAAGACGCGGAACAAGCCGCCUUGUGGGGACAACUGGGCCAGCUCGCGAGAGCCAAGCCUCUGGCCGUAUUCAACGGGGCAAACACCUCCGUUGUAGUGUUAAAGCCUCACCUGGUCAGCACUGGACGGGGUGGAAGUGCUUUCCAGCAACUGCUAGACGUUGGAUUGGAGCCCACUGCACUCACGACAGUGACGAUGACCAGCGCGGCCGCUUGGGAGCUCAUGGAGCCGUACCGCGGCGUACUGCCCAACCUGGAGGGCACCGUCAGCAGCUUCAUAGGCACGAACUGGGUACUGCAGCUCGCCUCACUGGACGAAACGGUGGAUGUAGUGGACACUGUGCGGACCAUCUGCGGCCCCUACGACACGGUCGUCGCCAAGAAACUCUACCCGAAGUCGAUUCGCGCGUGCUACGGGGAUAGUGAGACCAACAACGCGGUGCACUGCUGCGAUCUUCCCGGUGACGGGCCCAUCUACACGAAAUUUUUCUUCCAAGGGUAA